GAUUCUUACAGCUGAAACUCUUUUUGCAUAUCCUACAGUUCAAAGCUUUCUCCUGUCUCAUCUGAUCAUCCUUGCGGCACUGUGCAAGAACCCUUCUCUGGAAUUCGUCAGCUUUAACAGGAGCCUCCUGAUUCGCUCGUCAGAAUACUUACGUCCAUGGAUUGGCUCUAGGAGGCUGCGAGUAAUUUCAGAACCAUUUUACGCUACCUUACCAUUGCGUAGGUGUUUCCCCCUUACUCUGGCACUCACACCUCUGACUUGGGCUACACCCAUGUAUUCUUACAUGCAUGAUGUAUCAUGAUUUAAGGUCUUUGCAUAUUUUAAUAUUAUUGUUUAUGGGCAUAUGCAAGAUUAAAUAAAUGAUGGGUGCUAAUUAUUGGUGGUGCAUUUUAUUUUUAAUCGUCAAAGUACUGGACUCUGAACAGAAAUCAACACCAGAUUCUAGCAAUUACAUUGCUGCUGUUGUUGAGUAUUCUCCAGCGUAUACGAAUGGCAAUGCUGAAUCAACGCUAAAGGAAAAUACUAAUGCUUAUGUUCAAUUUAUUAAUAAGGCAGGAGUACAGAAUGUUGAUAUAAUAGUAUUUCCUGAAGAUGGAUUAACAUCUGUGAAUCUACCAGCAAGGGAACAUAUGGAUCCUUGGACGACGACGAUUCCCAUAAAUCAUGUACCAUGUGAUGAUAAUAUCAACGGAGUAAGUGAUACACUAAAAAGCAUAUCUUGUGCAGCAAAAAAAAAUCAGAUUUAUGUGGUUAUUAACAUUGCUGAAAAAUUGAUCUGUGAAGAGAAUGAUUGCCCAACUGACAAAGUUUUCUAUUACAAUAGCAAUGCGGUAUUUGAUCGAACUGGGAAAAUAAUAAGCAGGUAUCGUAAAACACAUCUCUUCGUGGAGUCACAAUUUAAUGUAACAGCAGAACCAGAAGUGACUACAUUCGAUACGGAUUUCGAUGUUCGUUUUGGAACCUUUAUAUGCUUCGAUAUUUUAUUUGAUACUCCUAGUUUGAACAUAACAAGAAGCCUUGGGGUCACAGAUAUAGUAUAUCCUACUGCAUGGUUUUCAGAAACACCUUUUCUUACUGCCGUACAAACACAAGCAGGGUGGUCAUAUGCUGAAGAUGUGAAUUUCAUGGCUGCUGGAUACAAUAGACCAAAAUUCGGCAAUGCUGGCAGUGGCAUUUAUUUAGGCCGUCGAGGUAUUGGGCAAGCAAUCUUUCCUACGACUGAUACAAGUGAACUAUUAAUCGUUAACGUUCCAAAGAUUAAGAAAUCGAUUUAUGAAAAUUUACGCACACGGCGUGAAGCAAGAAAAUUCAACGGGCAGGAUAAAGAAAAUUAUCCCGUUACGCAAUCGAAUGCUUCUAAAAGUAGAUUUUGGAAGCGAAGCAUGGAUGAAUUUCUAUACCUGCAUGACGACCUUUCUACAUACACUACCGAUCUUCUGGAUACCUCACGAACACACCAUGAAAAAAGUGUAUGCCAUGAUAAAUUUUGUUGUGACUUUAACGUUGAUAUAGUAGCAGUAGAUCCGAAUUUUAAGUACCGUAUAGUCGCGUUCAAUGGCGUCCGUAAGUAUGUCGUCGUUGAAGCAGCUAUAAGUGUGUGUAGUUUAGUACAAUGCAGAAACGAUUCGAUUGUUUCUUGUGGAGAAGUAGGAAGCUCAGAUACAGCAUUCAAGUCCAUUACCAUUACCGGGACAUUUGAAAACGAUAAACGAGUCCUAGUUAUGCCAUCGACAGUUGGUUCAGAUUUACUGCCACUUAGAGACUGGACAUACGAAGAACAUAAGCACGAAAGUCAUGUUCAUGUAACCAUUUCCUUAAACGUGACAACGAAGAACGUUGUUACAUUUGGUUUAUAUUCAAGAAACUAUAAGGAUGAUCCAAAAAGUAAUGCAGAUUCUCAACAUACGAAAUUAUUUCUUGUAUUUUCAGGAUCUUUAAUUUUUUAUUGCAGGUAUCUUAAAACGAUUUGGUAGGUUAGGUAAUCGACUUUUCUAUUUCGUAGAUAUUUUUUCAUACUUUGAAACUGGAAAGGAAACCUACUUAUGAAACUAUGUAAAUAAAUAAUGAAGGUAAAUAUAUUUUUGUGUACCGAACAAA